CUAGGGACCGCAUGGAAAGUUCGAGUGGAAAUUUCCGUUCAUGUUAAGCGUCUAGAAGAUUGACCUCCCAAAUAUACUUAGGACAUAAAAAACAAUAUAUUAUCCGUUUAUUACUGUUUUUCAUUGGAGGGAGAUAAAUAAGAAUGUCUGAAAUGUCCGAGUACAUCCUUCCCCGAACAACGGGAAUUUGUGUACUUGACUGUGCCGCUGCCUUUAAGGACUUGACGGAUACAGAGAAACAGUAUGCCCAUUUCCUAACCGAGGCAGCCUGGUAUGGUGGCCUUAUUGUCCUUCAUCAGACAUCGCCAGAGGCACCAGGAAUUUUUCUGCUUCUCCAGAAAAUGUUUCGGUCCCAGCCGAUACACGAUCUGGAGAGGGCAGCCACGUCAGUCGGGCUCUCGCAUCUGGAGUUUGAGGCUGUGCUUAUUUAUGCUGCUGGGUUCUUCUCGAACAUGGGCAACUACAAGUCGUUUGGAGGCACCAAGUUCAUACCGGAUCUUGACAGUAGCAAUUUUGAGAAGCUACUGUUGGUAAGUGCAGCGGGGAAGACUGACAUGACCGGAAUGAAAAGUUUAUGGGAUUCCGUGGUUGAUCGGAUGUAUUCGAUAGAGGAGGACAAGGACAAGGCUCUCGGGCUUGGUGAAAAGGGUACGACCACGUAUUACUCGAGCAAUUGUGAUAUCGAGGAUGCAGAAAUCGCCCAGGAGUUUAUCACAGCGAAGGAACUGAGUCCGUACAACACACGCCUAUUCAAAACGUCCACCCCAGGGCAGCCUGUGGAGUAUGAGAUUAAACUGGCAUCUGCGGAAACUGAAUCUGGCACUAUACCAGGAUGCGAUGAUGACCUUCUGGGCACACACCAGUUUACGCCCAAAGACGGGAGCCCUGUGACAUUCAAAGUUACCAGGGGGGACUACUCUGGCCUUCUCAAACGCAUUAUAGAGAACUUGGAGAAAGCUAAGGAGUUCGUAGCCAAUGAAAAUGAGUCUAAGAUGUUGGAUGAGUACAUCAAGUCGUUUGAGACAGGCUCCAUACCGGCGCACAAGGAGGGGUCACGAUAUUGGAUCAGAAACAAGGGACCAGUGGUAGAAACGUACAUUGGAUUCAUCGAGUCUUACAGGGACCCCUUUGGUGUAAGAGGAGAGUUUGAAGCUUUCGUAGCAGUAGUGAACAAGGAAAUGAGCGCCAAGUUUCAAAAGCUGGUUGACCAGGCAGAGCGCCUGCUGGGUCUUCUGCCGUGGCCGACAGCAUACGAGAAGGACAACUUCAUGCGACCAGACUUCACCUCCCUUGACGUUCUGGCUUUCGGUGGAUCGGGAAUUCCCGCCGGCAUCAAUAUACCCAACUAUGAUGAUAUACGUCAAAAUGAGGGUUUCAAGAACGUGUCACUGGGCAACAUCCUCAUUGCUGGCUACAAGGACACAAAAAUCACCUUCCUUGGAGAAGAAGACAAGGAGUUGUACACCAAAUGGAAGAUUGAAUCUUUUGAGGUUCAAGUUGGACUGCAUGAGCUUCUUGGGCACGGCAGUGGGAAGCUCUUCAACCAGGAUGAAGAUGGCAAAUUCGACUUUGAUCAAAACUCUGUGAAACACACCGAAACAGGGGAAAAGAUCCAGAGCUGGUACAAGCCGGGUGAAAAUUGGGACAACAUGUUUACCACCCUCGCAUCGACGUACGAGGAGUGCCGGGCGGAAUGUGUGGGCCUCUACCUUUGUCUAUCAACUGAUGUCCUUAGGAUAUUUGGGUAUGAAGACGAUGAUGCUGAUGAUGUGAUCUAUGUCAACUGGUUGAACAUGGUCAGGGCUGGCCUACUCUCUCUCGAGUUCUACUCUCCAGAAAUGCAACAGUGGCGACAGGCACACAUGAAUGCAAGGUUUGUGAUCCUGAGGGUGCUGUUAGAAGCUGGCGAAGAUCUCGUAAAGAUCAAGAAGACUACUGGUGAAGACGGGAACCCUGACAUUGAGAUCACCCUUGACAGAUCCAAGAUCAACUCUGUUGGGAAACCAGCCAUUGGGGACUUUCUCAAGAAACUCCAGGUGUACAAGUCCACAUGUGAUGUGACAGAGGGCCGCAAGAUGUACGAGUAUUACUCUGACGUGCACGACAGCGACGAUCCCCACUUCAUCGACCUGCGCGAGAUUGUCAUGGCGCGUAAACAGCCAAGGAAAAUGUUUGUCCAGCACAAUACAUACCUUCAGGAUGAUGGCACUGUUAACCUGAAGAUUUACGAGGGACGUGCAGAGGACCUAAUUCAGUCAUGGGUAGAUCGCUUCCCGACACCCGAUGUUGACGGAGAUAUCCAAGAGAUCUGGGAGAAUGACAGACAGUACUUCGAAUGAAGCUCCGUUUGGCAUCAGCAGUGCCAUAUAGUUCCUUCAAAACUUGCUUUUGUCGUACAUAGUGGUAUUAAAAUUGAGGACUUUUAUUGAAGUGACCUUCUAGUACUUCAAAAACUCUUAAAGGUUUAAAGCCAAUGUAAUUUUUUUUUUUUAUGAAAUUAUUUUUUGUCGACAAAUGUUCUACUCAUGUUGUUAUAUUUUUUGUGAGAGAUAUUUCUUUCUGAAUCUCUGCUUCCAACUUUAGGCCAAAAUUUCUGUGUCUGUUGCAUUUACAUGACAAGACCUGCAUUUUCAUGUUACAAGUGAAAAUAUGUAGAAAGUUAACUUGUGGAGAUCAGAAAUGAGUGUUAGAUUUAUGGAAAAUGAUAAUUUAUAAAAAAACAACAACAGUAUUUAGAAUAACUAAUUUACAUACUUUAUCUUCAUUUGCUUACUUAAGCAAAUAUGCUUUAUUAUUGUUCUAAGUGUAAUAUAUUUUAUUUCUUAUAGUGAAGGUCAAAAAUAUAAAAUGUUGUUUCUGGUUUUGCUGUCCCCUCCCAAACUUAAGUGUAUAAGUCAGGUUUUCAUUUAUUUUAUUUUAUUAAUAUUUGUAGGUUAAGUUGUAUUUAAAUAUCAUUGUCACUCUAAAAUGCAGCACCAUUGGGUCUGGAUACAUACCAUUGGGUCUGGAUACAUACCAUUGGGUCUGGAUACAUACCAUUGGGUCUGGAUACAUACCAUUGGGUCUGGAUACAUACCAUUGGGUCUGGAUACAUACCAUUGGGUCUGGAUACAUACCAUUGGGUCUGGAUACAUACCAUUGGGUCUGGAUACAUACCAUUGGGUCUGGAUACAUGUUUACUUGAACACUCUAUGAAAACAAUACAUUUAGGUGAUUUCCUGAAUCUAGAAACUAAGAAAAAGAUUUACAGCGUCAAAAAACUUCAAAAAAAUUGUCAGGGGUUAUUAAAAAUAAAAAAUAGAAUCGGGUGGGAAAAAAGGGUUUGUCAGCGAGCCGGAAACAAACAAUUAUUUAUUUAUUCUUAUGCUUUCUUUACAUUAAAUACAUGGUCCAUGCUGUCACUAUUAAUGAUUUUGUGUGUGAAAUUAUUAAACUUUAGAAGUCAG